ACACACACACACACAUUGACUCACUCACUCUCUCACACCUCCUCUGCAGAGCAGACACACGCCUGUAUCCGGAUGGCUGUGUUGUGCCAGGCCGGUGGUCGCUGACUCAAAACUUUUUCCCUGUGGUUAUGUAAGCAUAGUUUUGUGUGUGCUAAUCCAUAUUAGAAUCCAGUUAAACUGUCUUAGUCUGGCACGGCUAGUCACUUUUCGGAUUCCUUAGUAUUAACAGAAGCUAGAUCUUUCAAAACUGACUGCUACUUUAUAAUAUGAAUGUAAAUGCAGAGCUAAAGAGAAGCUCCAUGCUGACUGACAUAUCAUGCUGUUUCAGAUAUGGGACAGUUGUAAUUGUUGUGUGCCUUAGUUACUAAGUUUGAAACUGUAAAAAAGCUAUUAAUUUCCAAAGAUUAACACAUGAAGUUUGUCUGCACUGCAAAUUUUUCUAUACGUUUUCCUCAUUUUAUGUAAGUGUGAGUACCAGUGUACUCGGGAUUGGAUAUUUUUCGAUCAUGUACUAUGACAUCAUUUGUUGAAACUGGAAGUGUAACCAACAGCUGGAAAAUGAAUAGGAAACUGAGUUGUGUAGAAGCACUAGAGGCAUGUAUGCUAAGCUUAUUUAUACUGUUCACUGUGUAAUGGAUAGUAUUUUUUCAAAAUUAUUCAUAUGUGCUCAAAAAAGAUCUUGUGCUUCCAUUUAUAAAUAGGGUGUUAUUAAUUGUAAUACUUCUAAUAUCAUCCUAUACUUCUGUUUCCUUAGCUGACCCUAUGAUUUUAAAGAUGGUAACAUCUCUGAUUCUUUUAAUAAUCGUGUAUAAGCCAGAAUUUUCCAGCUAGAUGCCUAACUGCAAGCAAUCCGAUUCUGUACUUCAAGUAUGAAAUAACUGCAUAAAGGAAGAAGUCAGGUCUGUAAUAAGCAACAGAAUUUAAAAAAAAAAUCAGUGUUAGUUUUCUAGAAGUUUUAUUCUAAGCUGAAACUUAAACAUGCUCUGUAAAACAGAUAUAAGAAUAUCUGCAGAAAAUGUAUGUUGUAACCAACAAAAAGCUACUUGAAAGGUCAAACCCAUUUAUUGAUACCUUGUGGAAUCUUUGACAGACAUGCUCCUUAGAAACAACUAUACCAACACUCUGUUAGGUUUAUCUUCACCUGCUCAGAGGAUUAUAAUGUCAGAUGAAGGAAUAAACCAGUAAGGAGCAAGUGAAUCAUAAAACGUAGAUGGCCUUAUCAUUGAAGGAGAAAAAAAAAAAAUCAGUAUUGUUUCCACUGAGGCAACAACAGCUCUUUAAAAAUUCCUUUACACAUCACUGUCAGAUGUAGCAAAUUAUACCAAGAUAUUUCCAUUUUGAUUGUCUGGAGGUAAAAAUUUGUUCUGUGUACUUUCUUUAAUUCUAUUUAAGAUGAGAAUUUUAAUCAACUGUUGGAAAGUUAGUUUAUUGUAGGGAACUGGAAAUGUGCAUUAGCGUAACAUUUAAAAGAUAUGCACAGUUCCUCCGCAUGAAUACUUUCAGGCUGUGAAAACAAAGAUAUCUCAUGUAAAAAGGGUUUACGUUUUAAAAAUGUUUGUGUAAGCAGCCCAUUUUCCAUUUAGUUCUCAUUAACCUGAGACAUUUUGACAUAAUGAUAGCUUUUGGAUAAUACUACCCUCAGGCAACAAAAUGUAGUUAGGUGGACAAUUGCAUCCUGCAGGUCUAAUGGUUGCAUUUGCAGAAUCAGGGCCAUAGGUACAUGCAUUACUAGUAAGAGCAAAUAUAACCCUCUGUCUGAUGUACUAACUCACCCUAUAUGAUCACUUUCUGCAUAAGUAUUAUAACCUGUGGCUGAAAGGAUUGGUGAUAUAACCUUGGUCAGCAUGCACUUCUGAAGCUUACCUAUAUAAGUUGUGCUUUUCAUUAAAUACAAAUACGAACUUUACUGCUGAGUUUGGAUUAAACAAAAUGCUUUUAAAAUAUAAUUAGUAAUUUGGGGGGUAAAAACUAUGUAUUUAUAUGCUGAUACAGAUCAGAAGUGGGGCACUGUUUUCCAAAUGUGUAAACCACUGGUCUAGAAAGCAAAUAAGGCAUAGAAUAUAAGGAAAGAUGUGUGAGAGGCCUAGAACUCUGUAUUGACUGAUGUUUGUGAAUAGCAGGUGUUUAAAAAGAUGGUAAGAAUGUUGAAACUGGGUUUGUUGAUGUCAGCUGUGUGAAACUUUGCAGGCAGCUUGUGUUUUGGUCAUUUGCAAUGAAACUGCAUUUUUGUGGUGGUAUAAGCUUUGUGAUUUUACACUUUUUCACUCUUGAGUAUUAAACAAUCAAAAUCAAUGCAGAUGUUUCUCUUUCUUCCUGUCUGACGUUUUUAAGGCUGCAUUGUCAAAGAAAAAGGACUUCAUGUCUAUAAAUAUCUUGCUCUAAGGCCUCUCAGACUGAUGUGUUAAUUUCGGUUCAAAGAAUGAAAAUAAUUUUUCCUUCCAGCAGAGGCAUACCUCUUUCCUGUUGAUAAUAGAAAUGAUGGCAAAACAUAGCAUAUUCUUUAUUGCAACUACACACAACAUGGACAAGCAGUGGUUCUUGAGUUCAACAGCAGGUAGUGGGAGAGGCAGAGUAUAAAACAACACAGAGGGUGGAAAUCCUGGAGUUGCCAGCAUCAUAGUCUUCCUUGGAUCCUGGCAUUUGACCAAGAAAUGGGUCUGCUUUCAGAAGAUGCAAUGCACUAGAUGUGGUGCUUGGAACAGGAUUAGUCAUGGCAUCAGAACUAUGUAAAACAAUCUCUGAGGCAAAGCUGGAAAGGCACAAGAACUUGUUCUUAAAUUACCGAAACCUCCAUCACUUUCCUUUGGAGUUACUGAAAGAUGAGGGGCUGCAGUACUUGGAGAGACUUUAUAUGAAAAGAAAUUCCCUGACCACAUUGCCAGAAAACCUUGCACAGAAGCUUCCAAACCUCGUGGAAUUGUACCUUCAUUCAAAUAACAUAGUUGUUGUACCUGAAGCCAUUGGCUCCCUCGUUAAACUGCAGUUUCUGGACCUAAGUGAUAAUGCCCUCGAAAUUGUGUGUCCAGAGAUUGGCCGCCUGAGAUCCUUACGUCAUCUUCGCUUGGCUAACAAUCAGCUGAAAUACUUACCUGCAGAGGUUGGAGACCUGAGGGAGCUGCAAACACUGGACAUUUCAACCAAUCGCUUGAUAACGUUACCUGAAAGGCUGCAUAUGUGCCUUUCGCUGCAGUACUUGACUGCAGACCGAAACCACCUGUGGUAUGUUCCCCGCCACCUGUGCCAACUACCAAGCCUCAACGAGCUCUCCAUGGCUGGAAACCGCCUUGCGUUUUUGCCACUUGAUUUAGGUCGUUCUCGGGAGCUACAAUAUGUUUAUGUGGAUAACAAUAUUCAUCUGAAAGGCCUCCCAUCUUAUCUGUAUAAUAAAGUCAUUGGUUGCAGUGGUUGUGGUUCUCCAAUUCAAGUUUCAGAGGUGAAACUGCUCUCUUUUUCAUCGGGCCAGUUAACUGUGUUCCUGCCAGCAGAGGUGAAAUCUAUAGGGACAGAAACAGAUCAUGUGCUGCCUUUGCAAGAACUGGCCAUGAGGACCCUCUAUAACACCUACUACAGGUUUUUAAAAGAUUUGAACUUUCUGACUCCAAUCUCACUACCCAAAAGCCUCUUGGAAUUGCUGCACUGUCCCUUGGGACACUGCCACCGCUGCAGCCAGCCUAUGUUUACCAUUGUCUACCCAAAGAUCUUCUUGAGGGAAACACCAAUGGCAGGAUUGCAUCAAGGGAGGACAACUGUUAGUUUUGUGGCAUACUGCUGCUCCACCCAGUGUCUGCAGACUUUUGACCUACUGAGUUGAUAAACAUUUAAAACUACUCAGGAGUGCUGCCAGUUUAAAGCUGCAUUAGACGUCAUAUCCCAUUGGUACUGGAAUACUGUGUGUGUGCGUGUGUGCCAAAGCAGCAGAAGUGCCCGGUCGGGAACACUAAGAGGCACUUAAAUCCUGCCCUAUCAAAUUUGGAUGAACUGCAGAAACUUUUCGGAAGUGUAAAUACCAAGCUUUUAAAAGUAUUAACUUCUCUCUCCUCCAAGACAGCAUACAAACCAAACAAAUUCACAAGCUCUGACUUCAGGAGGAUUUCCAGUAUCUUUCAAAUGUGGCUGUCUUCAGGUUGAUCCAUUGCAUCAUUUGAGGCAGUUUUCAUUCCUCCAACAGGGGGGAAAAAAAAAGGUCCAGUUAUGACAAGCCAGUUCUCACUUAUUUGCCCCCUCAUCCUCAUCAUCCCUACAGCUGGAUUCAGGUGUAUAGGUCUAAGCCUACAGAAGCUUUUGAAGGGUCCCAGUGACUUUCCUGUAGAACUUAGCUUUUAUUUUCUCCCCCUCAUAAUAUUUUCCUCAGCAGAGUUAUCCCAGUUGUAUACCAAGUCUCUGACAGUCAACUGUGCUAUUUAAAUCCAUGUAUUAAAAGCCGAUCUUUCUUUCUGGUGUCAUUAGAAGUCACAGUGAUUUAAUUGGAGUAACCAGGAUAUGACUGGAGACUAAAGAUCCUGUUUCAGUAAGGAAGGCUGGUACUGAUGCCUAUGCUAAGUGGUCUUGCUCCAGCAUGUUAGAGGGUGUGUUUUCUUUAUUUUCAUUGCUUGAGUUUUUUAUUGUUAAAAACGCUUCCCCUUCUGCUUCUUUUGAGUUCUUCAGGAAGAAGACUUUAAGUACAAAGUUCACUUGAAAAAAAUAGUAAUAUGAUAGUAAAUAUUUAUCUAUAUUUAUUACAUUUUUACAAUUGCAGACUAUAGAUCUGCAAAGAGUUGGUCUUCAUCUUUUUCUAGAUUCAGCAUUUGGCUGAUUUGUGAAAGUGUGUCAGUGGAGUGUGUUAACCUCGGAGAAGGCUGGAAAUCAGGGGGGGAGGUAUGUGCAUCUCCACGCAGAGGUAUAUAUGCAUACACAGAUAUCUUCACAGAAGGGCUGUAACAUUUGUUUUCAUAUAUUAAUGGCAGAUUUAGCGCAGAUUUCCACUCACUGUCAUAUUUGUGGGAAUCCUUUUUUGUUAGAUCUUGUUCAUUUUAAAUAAAGGACAAAGGAUGGAAAAAAGGCCCCAAAUGUCUGCAUGACUUAAAUUUUUAAUUUUACACUGAAACAGUUUAUACAAAAUUAGCCCCUCCUGACUUGUUUUGGAAUAUAUAAUUUUUUUAACACAAUGUGUGGGGUUUUUUUUACUUUCAAUUUCUUAGGUAUAAACUACUUGUUGAUUUAGCACAGUGUGCUACUCUGUGCAGUAGGUAGUUACAAGCUGAAAUAGAUAUGAAUGAAACAGUUUGUUAUAAAAAUGGCAAGAUAAAGAGACUUAUUUGGUAGCAUAUUAGCAUAUGUUGUGGUGAGGUGUGCAUACUUUGAAGGGAAGAGGCAUUAAAAUGUUUUCCUUUUGCCAAAGAAGCAUUUGUUCCUGCUGCAGGAUUCCUGGCAUCUCUUCAAUAAAUAGAGUAUCUUAAGAGCUUAAGAGAGUACCAAAAAGGCAGUUUUUGAGGGUGGAAUUUUUAGGUUGUACAUGUUACUUGUAAAAGCUUUGCUGGUUUUAUUGGGUUGGUUUUAGAGAGUUGAAUUAGCAUUAAGAAAUGUAGAACUUAAUCCUUCAGGAAUGCAGGUAUCAUCUACUAUUUAGGAAUUGUGAAACUCUCUAAAAUAAAUCCUAUUUAUUAAAUCUGCUUUGCAGUAGGGGAAAGAGCCAUGUCCAAGCAGACUUUGUACUAUUGGAUUUCUGACUCUGUCAUUUCACUCAUUUGUUUCAACAUUGGUAUCCCCAACAGGCUUUCCCACCCAGCGGGGUUUACCACUGAAGCAGCAAAAUGAAUCUUCAGCUUUUUUCUUUUCCUUCAGUACUACACAGCUGAGAUGUAAAUUGCCCAUGUACAAUUAUACCUAUAUCAGAAAUGUGCAAGUGUAGUACAGAAUCCAUUUUUUUAAAUGGAUGAUAAAAGAACUGUGGUAGUGUUACGAAUACUAAUUUUUGAUACAAUACUCUGAUCAGGAAUUUUCAGUAUUAUUUUUACUGUGGCUUCCCCUGUCUUUGAAGGAGAUGUUUUGUUGGAAGUUUUUGUCCUCUUCUUAUAGCAACGUCCGAACUUUAAAACAAAGUUUAUUUCUGAAUUAAGUCUGUAAAUAUUAUUUUGGCAUUAAAUCUUUUGAUCAGCUAAACGCCAAUGCCUUCUGUUUUAUUAGGAGUCAGAUAGUAAAAGUGGAGCUUGAUUUUUUUUAAUUAUUUAUUUUUAAUUUUCUUUCUUCUUCCCAUAAUUAUUUUUUGAGUUUAUAUCAGUCUCUUUAUUAUUGUCUACAAGUGCAGUUCAGAAGAAAUUUAGUCUGUUCUAUAAGCAGGAUGAAUCUUAACUAACACUUUAAUAGAUGAUAUUUCAAGAAUGGAAUGUUCAAUGAACAAAUGACUUAAACACGCAAUUGAAGCUGAAAUGUCAUACCCUAUUUUUAUAAAACAAGGAAGAGGAAAGCCAAUAUAUAGACUGAAAAUGCAGCUUAAAUUCAUGUUUCUGUGAUUUUUUUGAUACGAACAGUGUUUGUAUUCAUCUGUAUCUUUGGGUGAUAUUGUUCUAGAUUAAAAUAACUCCUUUCUCACUUGUCCAAAUUUUUCUACUGUAAGAGUAUUUCAUAACCAGCUAACAUGAGAGCCAGCUACGCAAGUUGUAGAGGGGAGAGGGAGCUUCUUGCUGAUUGAACUGUGCAUCACUUGUUUUUCAAUACAAGGUGUCAC